CUUUAUAAAUGGAGGCUUUUCGAAGGGCUUUAUUCACUCACACACACACACUGAUCCUUAGUCGAGACCACUCUCUCUCUCUCUCUCUCUCUCUCUCUCUCACACACACACACACACACACACACACACACACACACACACACACAUACAGAGUCUGUAAGCCAUGAGUGAGCUGAAGAGUAAGGUGUUUUGGAGAGCUGUGCUUGGGGAGCUGCUGGGGAUGACACUCUUUAUCUUCCUGAGCAUCACCGCCGCCAUCGGAAACAAAAACAACUCAAACCCAGAUCAGGAGGUGAAGGUGUCGCUGGCAUUCGGGCUGGCCAUCGCCACUCUGGCUCAGAGUUUGGGCCACAUCAGUGGCGCUCACCUGAACCCGGCUGUGACCCUCGGCAUGCUGGUCAGCUGUCAGAUCAGCAUCGCCCGUGCCAUCUUCUACAUCCUGGCACAGGUUCUGGGCUCCUCGGUGGCGAGCGGCAUCGUGUACGGAGUUCGGCCCGAAAACAACACCGCACUCGGGGUCAACACGCUGAACAAAAUCACUCCGCUACAGGGGAUCGGGGUGGAGAUGCUCGCGACGUUCCAGCUCGUGCUGUGUGUGUUAGCUGCUACAGAUAAACGGCGCCGUGACGUUGGAGGUUCGGUUCCUCUCGCCAUCGGCCUCUCCGUGGCUCUGGGUCACCUCACUGCCAUCAGCUUCACAGGGUGUGGCAUUAACCCGGCUCGAUCCUUCGGCCCUGCGCUCAUUAUGAACAACUUCACGGAUCACUGGGUUUACUGGGUGGGCCCGAUGUGUGGGGGUGUGGCUGCGGCAUUCAUCUAUGACUUCCUGCUUUACCCGAAGAUGGACGAUUUUCCUGACCGCAUGCGAGUUCUGGUGUCUGGACGUCCGACUGAUUAUGACGUCAACGGACGAGACGACAUGCCGGCUGUAGAGAUGUCGUCGAAGUGAUGAAAAGCAGCGAGUUUUGAUUGGUCCAUCCUGCAGUAGAAACUCAAACAUUUCCCAGGUCCAGGACUAGCUAAUAAACGUCUAAAAGCGUUUUCAGAGCAUCCUUGUUGAAUUUCCCUUUUCCUCUGGUUGAAACCCUGACACUGAUUUGAGGUUUUUUAUGAAAUGAGUCAACGUCAUCUUUUAGACUUUCCCACAAUGCAUUCCUGUGAUCUGAUGCAAUUUUUUUUUCCAAAUUCCAAAAACAGGAACAAUAAAAUUGAGCAGAUAAUUAGCAAAGCAAGCAAACGAGCCUGAAAACCAGCUAACCAGUAAAUAAACUGAGCUGUGAUAAAAAUCUUCAUUGUCCAAAAAGCCAAUAAGGCUGCGUUUAAAAUCAUAUCAGAAUCAAAUUCAGUCAAGUUCUACAGUCUGGUUUCUGAGUGCAUCACAUUCUAAAGGCCUUACAUUACCUGUAAAUAUCUUUUCUUUUGGGACAAAAAACUGAAUUACAGCACAUUUCCUAUAAAAACACACUGUUUAUUGCAGCAAAAUUUAACGUCAUGUUCCGUAGUUUAGUUUUAGUUUUCCUUUCUUUUCCAGUCCUGCUUUUUGUAUGAACCUGAAUUUUUUUUCAAAAGUGUUGUCCUUUUUUCUCCCUCAAAAUGUAGAAACAUAAUUUUACUCACUAGUCUUUCAUUUAUUUGUAA